CCGGAAAGCGGCGAAAAUGAACGAAGCGCGACUCGGGAGCAGCAUCGGAAAACAUGGCGGCCAAGGCGCUUCGGCAGCGUACCAGGCGAGGCAGCAGACAAGAUGCAAACAACGUGAAUGUCCCCGCCGAAAUUCGUCCACCGAAAGAGGAGAAAGGCGGCGAUGACAGUAAAAUCACAGACACUCGGCAAGAGUCAAUAAGUCGUGGAGGGCAGGUAUGGGCUCCAGAAGGUUCGACUGCAUUUAAAUGCCUGCUCUCCGCACGUUUCUGUGCGGCAUUACUCAGUAACAUCUCAGACUGCGAUGAGACCUUCAACUACUGGGAGCCUAUGCACUACCUGCUGUACGGCACAGGGAUGCAAACAUGGGAAUAUUCUCCAUUGUACGCCAUCAGGUCGUACGCUUACUUAUGGCUACAUGCUCUUCCUGCUUGCUUGCAUGCCCAUGUUCUACAGACAAACAAGGUGUUGGUGUUCUACUUUGUACGAUGUGUCUUAGCAUUCUCCUGCUGUGUCUGUGAACUGUAUUUCUACAAGGCAGUUUGUAAGAAGUUUGGUUUGCAUGUGGGCCGUCUAAUGUUGGCGUUCCUUGUCCUGAGCACGGGAAUGUUCUGCUCGUCUGCAGCAUUCCUGCCUUCCUCUUUCUGUAUGUACACGACGCUGGUUGCCAUGACGGGAUGGUUUCAGGACUCCACACCGUUAGCCAUCCUGGGUGUGGCUGCUGGGGCCAUUGUUGGAUGGCCGUUCUCUGCUUUGAUUGGGAUUCCAAUUGCCUUCGACCUGCUGGUUUUAAAGAGGCAGUGGAAAGGUUUUGUCUCCUGGUCAGCUGUUGCACUGCUUCUGCUGCUGGUACCCCUUGUGGCAGUAGACUCCUUCUUCUAUGGCAAACUGGUCAUUGCUCCACUCAAUAUUCUACUUUAUAACGUCUUCACACCACAUGGACCCGAUCUAUAUGGUACUGAGCCGUGGUAUUUCUACUUUGCAAAUGGGAUCCUGAACUUCAACCUGGUGUUUGUUCUGGCUCUGUUUUCUCUGCCCCUCACUGCUCUCAUGGAGACACUGUUACACCGGUUCAAUGUGCAGAACCUGGGCCGUCCAUACUGGCUGACUCUGUCUCCCAUGUAUCUGUGGAUGUUGAUUUUCUUCACCAGACCUCAUAAAGAAGAACGUUUCCUCUUCCCCAUCUAUCCUCUCAUCUGCCUCAGCGGGGCAGUCGCCCUCUCCUCUCUACAGAAAUGCUACCACUUCCUGUUCCAGCGGUAUCGACUGGAGCACUACACAGUCUCCUCCAACUGGUUGGCUCUAAGCGCAGUUGUGGUCUUCACAGUGCUGUCAUUGUCUCGCUCCGUCGCCCUCUUCAAAGGCUACCACGCCCCUCUGGACCUGUACCCAGAGUUUCAUCGCAUCGCCAAGGAUCCGUCUCUUCACUCAGUCCCUGAAGGCAGACCUGUUAGUGUGUGUGUGGGAAAAGAGUGGUACCGCUUCCCAAGCAGCUUCCUGCUACCGCACAACUGGCAACUGCACUUCAUUCAGUCUGAGUUUAAAGGGCAGCUGCCUCAGUCAUACGUCUCCGGUCCUCUGGCCACACAGAUAAUCCCAGCUAAUAUGAACGACCAGAACCUGGAGGAGCCGACCAGAUAUGUGGAUUUACGGCAGUGCCACUAUGUAGUAGAUCUGGACACGGAUGAAGAGACGCCACUGGAGCCACGUUAUUCAGCUAACAAAGAGGAGUGGAACAUCAUCGCCUAUAAGCCUUUCCUUCAAGCCUCGAGGUCACAUCCUCUGUUCAGAGCGCUCUACAUCCCGUUUAUAUCAGACCAUCACACAACCUACAGGCGCUAUGUCAUCUUAAAACCACGGCGGCAAAAGCAGCCUCGUAAGCGGACCCAUGGCUGACCUUUGAACCUCAACCUGGCCCCAAUUACACAAUCUUACAAGAGAAAUGUAUCAGUUCCCCUCACAGUGCGUGUGCAUGUGUUUUGAAGUAUUUGUCUCAUGACUUAUUUCAAGCUAUCAGACCCUUUAAGGACAUUACGUGUGUGUGUGUGUGUGUGUGUGUGUGUGUGUGUGUGUGUGUGUGUGUGUGUGUGUGUGUGUGUGUGUGUGUGUGUGUGUGUGUGUGUGUGUGUGUGUGUGUGUGAAAAGAAAAUGUUGUGUAUGUACUAUGUGUGCUCGGCAGGUAUCAGCUUGACCUGUAAGUCAAAGAUUUUAUCUCAGUUUACGUGUCUGUCUGUGUGCGUUUCUCUGUUUGAAAUGAAUGUCUUGCAGUUGAUGCACACUACAAGAUGUAUGUAGCGCUGGACAGACCGUUGCCCACAUUUUCUUUCUUUUCAUACUUCAUUUGAAAAUGUGGCCACAAUGCAAGAUUUUUUCUGAAUAAUUAAUCUAAGAAAUCUUGUAGUGUUUGCUUGUCUGCACUUGAACAGUAUCUUAUUGUGUGCUCUGUGUGAGUGGUGGAGAUGAAUGAAAGCGAGGGUGCGUUGUUAAUUUAACUCGGAAUGUUAAUAAAAACAUGAUUGACUGCU